CUCUGCAUUGUUUACAUUUUGGUUAUUAUUAUGUUGUGAUGAUGAUUUGGAAUGUUCCAAUCUUCAGUUUUGAUUAGAAAAUUGUUUUUCCCCACUAUUCUGGUCUAAUAAAUGUCGAAUAAUAUGACGCCAAAUAUUGAUAAAAUAAUACAAUCAUUACAAAAAAGUACUCAACAGAUAGAUAAUCUAAAUGAACAGAUGAAUGAUUUGUCCAAUUCUUCACAAGAUUUACAUAAAACAGUCAAAUUGAAUAAAGAGUAUAAUGAUGAACUUAACAAUCUAAAUAAUCUAUCUACAUAUAAUUCACGAGCUUCAUUGAUUAUUGCAUUGGAACAGGAAAGAAAAACUAUACAAGAAUUGGAGAAUGAAAAUCAAGAAUUAGAAUCAGCCAUACAAAAUCAUCAAGAAGUUCUCAAUGUUAUUAUGGCCAAAUAUCGUGAACAAGGACAUUUGUUAGAAAGAUUAAAUCAAUUAGAACAAUCAUAUGAAAUACAAGAUGAUCUAUUGAAUGAACGUGAAAAAUUUUUCCAUACAAAACUAAAUGAAUUAGUGCCAUUACUGGAUUCGGUCGGUACAUUCGAUGAGAUUGAGAUUGAAAAACAAGAUGCCCUUAUUCAAAAAUUGAUUGAAGAAAAUAACAAGAUAAAAAACCUUUUACAACAACAAUUAUAUGUUGAUAAUGAAUUAUGAAAAAAUAAUGGCCAUUUCAAAUGUGCCAUGAUCAGUCAUUAAUUAUUUGUUUUUCCUUUUUGUUGGCAAUAAUUUGUAAAUUUUUAAAUCUUUG